GUCAGAACAAUGUUGAUGCUCUGAGAGUAGAGAACUCGUGAAACAGCGAGCAAACAGCGUACAAACAGUUUUGCUCGGAAGUGAAUGUGAAGAAAGUAAAUAAAAAUGGUUCACCUCAAAGAAGAGCUACAUCUUCCCCCAAACAAACUGGGCACGAGACAUGUGCAGAGUUUACUGCUAUUCCUCGGCAUGGCGAUUGCGUAUGCUCUAAGAGUUUGUAUGUCGGUGGCAAUCGUCGCUAUGAGGAACAAAGCUUCUGCAAAUCCAGACUUUCCAGAAUACGAUUGGGAUUCGAAUCAGAGUAGUUUGAUUUUGAGUUCGUUUUUUUGGGGCUACGUUAUUACACAGGUCCCAAGUGGUCAGUUAGCCAGCACCAAUAGUGCCCGGAAGCUCUUAGCUUUCGGAAUCGGCCUUAGUUCGCUUCUGAAUAUGCUCGUACCUUUACUGGCUGGCUAUGGCUACAUCUACUUAAUCAGUCUUAGAGUGGCAAUGGGUUUGUGUCAAGGCUGUUUGUUGCCAUGUGUUCAGACGCUUUUGUCGAGGUGGGUGCCACCGUUAGAAAGGGCUCGACUAGGAUCAUUCGUGAUGAACGGACCACAAUUCGGCACAGUCGUAACAAUGCCUGUCUCUGGACUCCUCGCAGCUUCCGGCAUAGGCUGGCCGAGCAUUUUCUACAUCUUCGGAGCUUUCGGUGUCGCUUGGAGUGCACUCAUGUUCUGCAUGGGAGCUGAUCAUCCUUCCGAGCAUCCGCGAAUCAAUCCCAAGGAGGCACUUUACAUCAAUAACAGUCUUGGCAAUUUGGACAAAGCAGUCGACGCCGAGAAACCAAAAGUCCCCUGGUUAUCGAUCAUUACGUCAGUGCCAAUGUGGGCCUUGAUCAUCGUUCAUUGCGGCCACAAUUGGGGCUUUUACACGCUUCUGACUGAGAUGCCUUCUUACAUGAAAUCUGUUCUCAAGUUCGACAUCACGCAGAGCGGAGGAAUAUCAGCUCUGCCAUACUUAGCCAUGUGGCUCCUGGGCUUCCCCAUCAGUUACCUAUCGGACUUCGCACUACGCAAGGGUUUAACCAUCGUAGCUGUGCGUAAGAUCAGCAACACCAUCGGUCUCUGGAUUCCAGCAGCGGCGAUGAUCGUUUUGUGCGUCGUUGUCACCACCGACAAGGUGAUCCUCGUAGCCAUCCUCGUGGUGGCCGUGGGCUUCAACUGCGGUAUCACCUGCGGCUUCCAAAUCAACCAUAUAGAUCUCAGUCCCAAUUUUGCGGGACCCAUGAUGUCCAUCACCAAUGGAUUGGCUAAUAUUCUUGGUAUCGUCGCACCGCUUAUCUGCGGAGCAAUCGUUAAUAAGGAUGAGGGUGAUGUAAAUCUGUGGCACAUAGUCUUCUACAUUACGGCAGCGAUCUACUUCGUGACGAAUUUGGUCUUCGUGAUUUUCGGUAAAGCCGAAAUCCAGUCAUGGAACGAUCAAGGUGGUGAGGCCAGAACAAGAACAGGUCGUGUAUCGGUAAUCUCGAUUACCGGCGAGCCUACCUCAGUGUCGAUACCUGACCGUAUUAAGGAAGAAGAGGCGAACGGUUCAACUCGUUGUUGAUGCGCAAAGCUUAAAGAAUACUUCUUUUAUGAAAUUAUGAAUAGGUAAUUUUUACCUAUAAGUGUGAUCUUAUAUUUGUCUUAAAAUUUGGAAAAGGCUCAUAAAUAUUUGUUUUUCUUUUGAAUUGUGAUGAAAAUGAUUUCAUCAUGAGUAUUCAGAAAGAUCGUUAUGCUACUAUAGCUGAUAAAUAAGUAAUUAUUUAUGAUGAUUUUUAAAAGCAUGUACAGAUUAAUAGGAUAGUGUGUAUAUAUAAUUUAUUUUCUUAUUCAGAUUAUAUAUAUAUAUAUAGGGUAGGAUUUUGGAUUAUGUAUAGGAAUAACGUUAUAGCGAGAUAAGUAGUAUUGCAUACGAGUUGUAUAUUUUCAUAAUAAUUAAAAUAUUUAUUUCCAUUCCAAUAAAAAUUUAUUACAUACGGUGUAAUAUCAUCCACUACAAAAAAAUGUAUAGAAAAAAUUAAAUAUAAAUAAACAUAUGUUUCUUCACCUCACGAUUUAUCGACAAAACGAAUCACGUGACAGCACUCGAUCGACCAAUGAGAAAUUCCGCGUCUUUUGUGAUUUCGAUGACACGACAUUGUCCGUAUAUAUACUACUUCUGUAUAUUUAUUGCAACGAGGAAAGAAUGCACUAGUCGUAAAAAUUGCGAUGCGAACAUUGCGAGCGAAACAGGCUUAUAAUAAAGCAGAUGAACUUGUGAAUAAGUAGAGUACAUUUUUUAACGUGUGUUUACGUUGAAAUUGAUUUUUUAGCAAUGUAUACUAUAAAUAGUGAAGUCAUUGCGACUUGUAAAAAAUUUAACUUAUUUUGUUCCUUUACAUUCAUGUACCGUUUGGUCGAGAUUGUAAAACAGCCAUCGAAUUCUUAUUGUUUGAGAUAAUUAGUUUUAUAUAUAGGAGUUCGGAAUAAUUGUUAUUGAUGUAGAAAUUUGUAUGCUUAUCUCAUAGGCAUGAGAAAUAAUCUGAAUGCAUGUAAGUAUAAUGUAAAUAACAUUGAAAGAUCAAUGCUUUAUAAACUUUCGUAAAUAAACUGUACUUGCGAUUCGAUCUUA